AUGAAAUUUAAAGCAUUGAUUCUCCUUACCUUAGUAGUCGGAAAUUUUGGAAAAUUCAACCAAGAAUUAUGCGUGCAAAGCCUGGAAAAUGUUGCAAAAAACUAUUAUCAUGCUGUGCUUUACUGGAAUUCCUUUGUAUACUUUAAAGAAGCGAUACAGAGUAUGGGAGCUAUGCUAACUAGUAUUGGGCUCGCCCUAAAUUACUGCGAUUUUCUCUCAGAUAUAUUAAAGUCAGAAUCUGUAGAAAUAGCCAGAGGAAAUUUGCUUUUAUUAGGAAAUAAAUGGGAAAGUGUAAAAGAACCUAAGGUUGCGAAAAUUAACGAAGUUUCUGGAGGAUCUGAAGGCAGUUGCAUGGAGCUAACAAUUGAAGUUAUUGAAGCAAUUGAUCGUUUAGCAGAAAGCCUAGCAGCAGAAGAUAUAUAUUUAAGCCUAACCAAACUUAUGGGAGCUACAGGAGAAGCUUUAAGAAAAUGCGAAAAUAUCGUAAAUAAGUAA